CAGACAAACGAAGUGCUAUAAACUUCACUUCUAGCUGGUAGUAUUCGCUGCUGUAUCCUCGCACUUCACGAUGCCAGACUUGAGUACUAUUCAGGAGCCCUCAGAUAAAGGGCUGGAACCCGAUGAAGACCAAGACACAAUAACUGUGGCCAUGAAUUUCUUGCUCAAAGAUCGCCACAAAGCUCAUGAAGCAUACUUCUCUAACGCAGCGGAACAAGCCAGCCCCCUCCAGGAGACUUACUCCCAGUCAUCCUAUCAACCCACCCAAGGUAUCGGACCAAUGGAGAAGACGAUGUUUCGACAAAUCAAAUCAGACGCAGUAACUACGGGCAUGUUACACCAUAUUGGUGAUAUUCGAGACUUGAAAGAGUGGCUUGCAGUUUGGAAUGCAAGAUUGGAUGAUGUCUCUGGGUGUGAGCCAUCGCCGAGGAAUGUUAUGGAGUGGUUACAGCACGUGAAGUUGCAGAUGGUGGAUGUAAUUAUGGGUCUGAAGAGGCCCCAGGAGGCGGAUCGCAAAUUCUUGAGAGAGUGGGAGGAGAUCAAAAGGAUGGGUGGAAGGGAAACGUAAGCAAGGAGAGAGAACGUUCAUGUUUGAUGAGAACAAAUUACUAGGUCGUC